GAAAUUCAACCAACCUCUAUCUUCCUUGAAAGGAUUGGCUAGAACCUCAAGAAUGUCGGGUCUCUUGGUCUUUUACUUUGACCGCCAGCAAAAAUAGGAUGAAAAGUUUCUGCCAUUUUUCGGUCAUUACCACCUUUUCUCAAAAAAAUUCAAUAACUAUUACCAUACACCUUCAAUCUUCGUGAUUAGACCAUACCUUUGCAUUGUCAAUUCCCUGACACCACUGCCCUAGACGACGAAAAAAAAGGGAAAGAGAAAGGGAGGGCACAAAGGUAACGAUUGGUAAAGUAAUAUUGUGCUGUAGUUUGAUAUCUAUCAGAUAUUAAUGGCCGUAGGCCCGAGAUAUUUCAAUCUUGCUAUCUGUGCUAUUUAGUAGGUUGUCUUUUUGUAAAGCGUAGUCCACUCUAUCAAGGUUGAUAUUCACUCAAUAUUCACAACAAUUGAUCAUUCAUACAACUCUUUGCUGGAUCUUCUUCUUUCCUAGAGCAAUUGAUUGUUGAUAAAGGUACCUCUCGAUAACCAAUACACUUUGCGAUCUCGAUAACUCGACUUAAUUUGCCACCCCUCCUCACUCAAACCCUUUUAAUACACAAAAUUCAAGAUGUGCGGUGAAAACAUGAAGCAAUUCCUGAAGGAGCUCCCAAAAUGUGAGCAUCACAUUCACAUCGAGGGGUCUCUUUCUCCAGCGCUCUUAUUCGAGCUGGCCAAAACAAACAAUAUCGCCCUUCCAGACACUGAGACUGAUGCCUCUUUCAAAUCUCCCGAAGAACUCGAGUCUCGCUAUGAACGCUUUACUUCCCUCAACGAUUUCCUCCAUUACUAUUACAUUGGCAUGUCAGUUUUGAUAAAUGCUGCGGAUUACGAAAGCUUGGCGUAUGAAUAUCUCACAAAAGCCAACCGCGACGGAGUUCAUCAUGCCGAAAUCUUCUUCGAUCCACAAGCACACACUGAACGUGGAAUUGCAUACAAAACUGUUGUUGAGGGUCUCACUGCUGGAUUGAAGCGCGCUGAGAAGGAUUUUGGUAUCACCUCAAAACUCAUUCUAUGCUUCUUGCGACACUUGUCGGCUGAGAAUGCAAACACUACAUAUCAGGAAGCAAUUUCGCUUGGUCACUUUUCAAACGGAACCGUGGCUGCUAUUGGUCUUGAUAGCAGUGAGGUUGGAUUCCCACCAGAAAUCUUCAGGGAAAUUUAUGAAUCCGCGGAAGGCAAAGGAAUUCAUCGCACCGCUCACGCUGGUGAGGAAGGUGACACCUCUUACAUUUCCAGAGCACUGGACAUUUGCAAAGUUGAGAGAAUUGAUCAUGGAAUUAGACUGGUUGAAGAUGAAAGCUUAUUGAAGCGGGUGGCAGAGCAGGGGACAAUGUUGACCGUCUGCCCACUAAGCAAUGUUCGCUUGAGGUGUGUUGAGAAUGUUGGACAAUUGCCAAUUCGAAAGUUUUUGGAUGCAGGAAUUAAAUUCAGCAUCAACAGUGACGACCCAGCUUACUUUGGCGGUUAUAUCUUGGAUAAUUAUGUUGCUGUUCAAGAAGCAUUCGAGUUGAGUUUGAAGGAGUGGAGAUACAUUGCAACCAGCGCAAUCGAAGGAAGUUGGUGCGAUGAUGAGAGAAAAUCUGUGCUCUUAAGCAAGGUCGACGCAUGUGUCAAUAAGCAUGAGGCAUUGAUCUGAAGGAAGGAGUAAACAAAAGUUGAGUGUCAGCAUUUUCGAGUCUGGAUUUCAUUGGGAACGUUGCGCAUAUACUGGUGACAGAAAUCAUCACUCUCGGGUGCGCAUCUGCAUUCAACAUCGUUCUAGGAUCUUAUAUACACACCAAGGAGAUAAUCGGCGCUGGAGUUGGAAACCAAAAAAAAAUUUGAAUAAAUCUACAUAAUAUAUCACCUCGCUUCCCCUUGCUA